AUGCACAGGACCAUGCUGCUCCUUGUGGCCUCGUUCUCACUUCUGUUCAACCCAGUGUUAGGUGCCCAACUUGUCCUCAGGAUACAACCAUCGCAAAUCCUGGCAAAUCCAAAUUCGCUCCCACCUUCUACACAUGCCAGUAUAACUGCUCCAAAUGGCGUCGUCUUCCGGUCUAGCUUAAGGAAGGAUAAUAGCAUUGUGUUCGACGAUAUGUCGACUGCCGGUUCGCACCUGCUGAAUAUCUACACAAGAGACUACACAUUUGCGUCCUAUCGCAUAGAUACCAAGCCUGAUCUAGCAGCUGCUGGUGCUGGCAGCAACGACGCAGUCCCAAUUCUCAUCGAAUUCGUGGCUCAGUUGUUCCCCGGAACUCAAUGGUCUGAUACUGGCGCCAAUCUCGUGCCAUCUCAGCCAGACUCGCGCUCAUCCACCGGACAAUCACCACGCCCUCAGUCAACGUUCACGAUCGUACCCAAAGUCCUGGCAGCCAAGCAGUUCUACGAGCAACGUCCUGCAUUCUCUCCUCUGACUUUACUCAAGAAUCCUAUGAUAUUGUUGGCUAUUGUCGCGCUUGGUUUUACCUUUGGCAUGCCGAAGCUUAUGGAGAGCAUGGAUCCUGAAAUGAGAGCCGAGUAUGAAGAGAUGCAGAAGAAAGGGCCUACAGCUGCGUUAGGACGGGCUAUGAACGGACAGGGGCCCAGUAGUAGUUCCGAGAGUUUUGAUCUUGCUGGAUACCUAGCAGGUCAGAAGAAAGAUGCCUCCGAUAUGCGUGGGAAAAGAUGA